AUGGAGGUGAUCGGUCAAACCAUAACCUCAGCAGUGGUGCCGCCCUAUGUUCCCUUUGGGGAGAGGAGGAUGAGUAAAAGAGAGAAGAACAGGAUUAGGUGUCUGAGGAGGAGGCAGAGGAGAAGGGAGAGGUGGAGACAGAGUCAACUGCAGGAGAGCAGACAGUCUCACAGAGGCAACCUUUUCUUUCUCCGGGGAGAGUUCCAACACAGCUACGCUGAGCUGGGGGCUCGUGAGUAUCCCCACACCUGCUUGGGACCUCUCACCUCUGGCAACUUUGGAAUAGGCUGGAGUCCCAAGAGGGAAGGGCUCCCCUCCCAGGUCUGGCCCGAGAAGGGGGCCCCCAGGAGUUCAACAGGGAACCCAUCCAGCAGCAGCAGUAGCGAGGAUGAUGACGUGAGCGCCGAUGAAAAAGAAGGUUACAUCUGCGCAGUGUGUUUGGAUGUGUACUUCAGUCCUUACAUGUGUCAACCCUGCGACCACAUCUUCUGUGAACCCUGUCUGAGGACGCUGGCUAAGAACUGCCCCACCAACACCCCCUGCCCCCUCUGCAGAACAAUCAUCACUCAUGUCUUCUUCCAGAAGGAGCUAAACCAAACGGCAAGGACAUUCUUCCCAAAAGAAUACCUUUCCCGGAAACAGAACUUCCAGAAAGCAAGUUGCGCAAAGUGGCCUCUCCCAAGCUGCCGAAAACUCUUCCGUAUCUUUGGAGGCUUCCAGAGGCAGUCCAGUCCCAUUGCUAGACGCCAGUUCCCCCACGGAGGAGGCUACCGGCUGGACGAUCUGGACUUUGAGGAUGUCUCUCGAGGCUGGCAUUUUGACAUGGACAUGGUCAUCAUCUACAUCUACUCAGUCAACUGGGUUAUUGGCUUCUUCAUUUUCUGCUUCCUUUGCUACCUCUUCUUCCCUUCUUUUUGA